CUCUGCUUAUCACACUGCGCAUGCGAAUAAGAAGCCCCAGGAUUGUGGCCAGAAAGGAUUAGCUUUAAGGAUCGCGAGCCCGUUGAGAAGAAGACCAGGAGGAGGAUCAAGGAGGAGGAGGAGCAGGAACACAGACAAGCUGGCCACCACAAGCUAUCGGUUGGUCGUCGCGCCGGCGGGUAGCCAGCGGAGUUCGGCGGGCAAUGUGGUGGUGACCACAACCUCCGGCGGUGGCUCCGGCGGCGGUGGCAAUGCCGGCGGUAGCAGUAGUUCCGGCAGUGGCCUGAAUGUCACCACAAUCACCACCAGCGGCGGUGGCGGCGGCCAGGUCCAGAGCGGCGGCAACAGCUCCCAGAGCAACGGCACCACCUACAAAAUCGAGAUGCUCGACGAGGACAUCCAGUCCCUGGGCUCCGAGGACGACGAUGAGGAUCUCAUCAGCAGCGAUGGCAGUCUCUAUGAGGGCGAUCUCGGCCCCCUGCCCGUCAACGACGAUGUCGCCCAUCAGCUGGCCGCCGCUGGGCCAGUGGGCGUGGCAGCCGCUGCCGCCAUUGCCAGUUCCAAGAAGCGAAAGCGUCCACACUGCUUCGAAACGAAUCCCUCGGUGCGGAAGAGGCAACAGAACCGUUUGUUGAGGAAGCUGAGAGGCAUCAUCUACGAGUUUACGGGCCGGGUGGGCAAGCAGGCGGUGGUGCUGGUGGCCACGCCGGGGAAACCCAACACCAGUUACAAGGUAUUUGGGGCCAAGCCGCUGGAGGAUGUGCUGCGGAAUCUGAAGAACAUUGUGAUGGACGAGCUGGACAAUGCACUGGCCCAGCAGGCGCCACCACCGCCCCAGGACGAUCCCUCGCUGUUCGAGUUGCCCGGUCUGGUAAUUGAUGGUAUACCCACUCCGGUGGAGAAGAUGACCCAGGCCCAGUUGCGGGCAUUCAUUCCGCUGAUGCUCAAGUAUUCCACUGGAAGGGGCAAGCCCGGCUGGGGCAGGGAGUCCACUCGACCGCCAUGGUGGCCCAAGGAGCUGCCCUGGGCCAAUGUACGGAUGGAUGCCAGGUCCGAGGAUGACAAGCAGAAGAUCAGCUGGACCCAUGCCCUGAGGAAGAUCGUGAUCAACUGCUACAAGUACCAUGGACGGGAGGAUCUGCUGCCGACGUUCGCCGAUGAUGAGGACAAGGUGAACGCCCUGAUCUCGCAGUCGGGCGAUGAGGACGAGGACAUGGAGCUCUCCAAUCCACCAACUAUACACACGGUGACCACCAUGACACCACCCACGGGCAACAGCAAUCAACCGCAACAGGUCAACGUCGUUAAGAUCAACAGCGCCGGCACAGUGAUCACCACGCACACGGCCCAGAGCAACACCCCAGCCCCCACGAUCAUCCAGAGCACCAAUAACCAGCACGUGACCACCACGGCCACGCUGCCCGCCUCCACAAAGAUCGAGAUCUGUCAGGCCCCAGCCCCGCAGCAGCAACAACAGCAGCAGCAACAGAGCCAACAGCAGCAGCAACAUCAUCAUCAGCAACAGCAUCAGCAGCAACAGAGCCAACACCAUCAGACUACGGGACUGCCAAGCACCGUUCAUAUCCAGCCGGUGAGCGGAGGACAGCCGCAGACCAUCCAACUGACCACCGCCAGUGGCACGGCCACGGCGACAGCGGUCCCGACAACAGCAGCUGCCGUAAGUGCCGCUGCUGCGGCGGCAGCGGCCGCCCAGUCGAAUGCCGCCCAAACGGUCACCGCCCAGCAGAUCGCCAAUGCCCAAGUCUGCAUCGAGCCCAUAACGCUGAGCGACGUUGAUUAUACCACCCAGACGGUUCUCUCGCAGAAUGCCGAUGGCACUGUGUCCCUGAUCCAGGUGGAUCCCAAUAAUCCCAUCAUUACCCUGCCGGAUGGAACCACAGCUCAGGUUCAGGGCGUGGCAACGCUCCAUCAAGGCGAGGGCGGCGCCACCAUCCAGACAGUACAGAGUCUCACCGACGUCAAUGGCCACGAGAACAUGACCGUGGACCUCACCGAGACGCAAGAUGGCCAAAUAUUCAUCACCACCGAGGAUGGUCAGGGCUAUCCCGUGUCGGUGAGCAAUGUGAUCUCGGUGCCAGUGUCCAUGUACCAGUCCGUGAUGGCGAACAUGCAGCAGAUAACGAAUAGCGACGGCACCGUGUGCCUGGCGCCCAUGCAGGUAGAUACAAGUGCCACACGUAGUUCAUCCAACACCACCACCACCACCGGCGGAGGCGCCAACUUUGCGGGCGUCCAGUGUUACUCGCUGAUUAGUGCAGGAACGGCGGUGGGUCGGCGUGGUGGCGGUGCAACAUUGGUGGGUCAGCCGGCCACCUUGCAGGCGGCGCCCGGGGGCAGAUACUACCUAGCGGCCACCACCACCAGCACCACCUCCGCGGCGGCAGCCAGUGUCAACGUCGGCAACAGUAGUGGGAGUAGCUUCCAGAAUAACAACAAUAGUGCGCUAGCGAAUAACAAUAAUAGCAUUAAGAUGCCGCUGCCCAUUGUCCUGGCUGGGCCGGCAAUGGGUCAGGUGGCUGCCAGUACCAGGUCCACCAGAAGGGGAGGGAAUUUACCAGGCGAGGUAGCCUUGGGUCAGAGGCGUAGAAAGCCGGGGGCAGGAGGCGGUGGCAGUAGCAGUUCUCUGAAAACGAAAAGUACAAAGUCCAUGGAGGUGACAACCACCUCGUCCUCGGCCUCCUCCUGCUCCUCGUCGGCGAUUAGGUGUGUGGACAGUGCCAGUUUGACGAACUUUCACUUGCAGCUGCCAGCCAAGACCAUCAAACUGGAGCACCUGGAGUAGAUCCUCCAUAAAUCCAAGCCCAUCUCGAAUCUAGUCAGAAAAAAACGGCUUUUGCACAAAAAACAAUAAAAAUGCACUUGCCAUUUAAAAAUUAAAUAAUUAAACUUAGAGAAACACCAAUUGUGAAUGCCAAAAAAAAAAAAAAUAAGAAAAGAAAAAGAAAGUGGAAUAAUUAGAAGAAAGAUUAGAAGAAAGUGAGAAUUUAGGGAAGAAACCAAAUCGAAACCAAUAAUUGUUGAUAAUUGAAACCAAAAAUCAAAACUAAAUGAAAAAGUUCAUCAUGUUCCUAGAGCUACAACAACAAAAAGAAUUAUGAAUUAAAUUUUUCUAAAUUUCAAAUAAUAAUCUAAAUGUUAAAAUUUAGAUUUUAAAAAAGGAUUUAAAGUAGGAUUAGGUGGUUAGCCAUAAGAUGGAAUGAAAGUGCACAUAAUCUUGCUUAGAAACACACCAAACCAAAUAUUAACCGUAGUAGUUGUUGUCUUAAGUUGAAACUUUAUUGGGAUAGUUAUACUAUUACUAUUAUUAUUAUUAUUAUUAUUUUUAGCUUGUUAAGUAGUCAAGAAACACACACACAGACACACAGGGACCAUCGAGGAGAAGCCACUUAGAGUUUAGAGCGAAAGUGAAAGUGAAUUUGAAACCCCCUCCCAAAAAAAAAACAAACAAACAAAUUAGUCAAAUGGCAUUAAAAAUGUCUUAAGGAACAGGAGCUAAUAACUAUAUAUCAUAUAUAACUAGAUAACUAGAUGUAUAUAUCCUAUAUACCAUCGUGGAGUGCAUAUUUCAGUUUAUGUUGAUCUAUUACUAUUAUGCUAUUGUGUUUUAUUGAAUUCAUUUUUAAUUACUAUUACUAUUACUAUUACUAUUAUUAUUAUUAUUAUUAUUAUUAUUGUGUUUAAAUGUUUUAUUUGAUAUGUAUAUUAUUGAAAAUCAUUUUAAGUUUUAGACCAAAUUUUUUUUUAUAUCCUCCCCCCCUUAAAAAAAAAUAUGUUGUAAAGAAGUGCAAAAAGCCAACAAAUUUUAUUGAAUAAAUCCUUUGUUGUUGUGAUUUUA